AUGGGAGCUAAAUUAGAAGUUCCAAAAGGAUAUGGUCCUUAUGUUUUUCGUAUACAUGGGCAAGUGUAUCAUGAUACAUAUUCUCUUCAUCCCGAUGAUGGAGAUAACCGAAAAUAUGGUCAAUUGUAUAUUCUUGAUACUGACGAAGCGGUGAUGGAACGAUUGAAUAAUGAAUGUAAUAAAAAAUGCUUGCAAUUACUAAUGACUGAAAUAGAUAUUUUACUAAGAGAUGUUAAUAUUUAUGCAAAGUCAUUUAAAAUGAUGAAAGAAUUGGAAUUGGAAGAAGAAGCAAGGGCAAAAUUAAUGAAUGAGUGUCCGAGAAGCAUUCAAAUGUGGUUUAAACGUGAUAGAAAAUUUUCUCAAAGCAAAUAUAACGUUCCGUCUUGCAAUGAAGUAGCAGUCAUAUUUGUUAGCGAAGAUGGCGAACCUCCAAUUGAACGUGAUAUAUGUAUUCAUCCAAGGGGUUCUAAAAGUAUUCCAAUUAGUAGUCUUAGCACACAUGCUGAUCCUAUGACAUAUCCUUUAAUGUUUCCGUCAGGUGAUCCAGGAUGGACUGUAAAUAUGAAACAUACUGAUGGUGUUCGUAAUAUUACUCCUUUACAAUUUUAUAUGUAUCGCUUGUCUUAUAGAGGAACAUUUAAUCCAUGUUUACAAAUGGGUAAAUUAACUCAACAAUUUAUUGUUGAUAGUUGGUCAAAAGUAGAAGGUGAGCGUUUAAAAUAUAUUCGUUUUGAACAGAAAAAACUUCGAGCUGAAAUGUACUGUGGAUUAAUGGAUUAUAUGAAUAAUAAAGCAACACAAGAAAAUAUUCGACCAGGAAAAAUGAUUAUUUUACCUUCUACAUUUACUGGAGGACCACGUGCUUAUCAACAAUGUUUUAUGGACGCUAUGCGAUUAGUUCAAGAAUUUGGAAAACCAGAUUUAUUUAUUACAAUGACAUGUAAUCCAAAAUGGCCUGAGAUUAUGGAAAAUUUGUUGGAUUCGGAAACUGCAUCUGACCGACCAGAUAUUGUUGCCCGAGUUUUUCAAAAGAAAGUAAAAGAAUUAAUGUGUGAAUUAAAAGAUAAACAAAUUUUUGGUCCAGUCAUUGCUUAUGUAUAUGUAAUAGAAUUUCAAAAGCGUGGAUUGCCUCAUGUACAUUCAAUAAUUUUUUUAGAUAAAAAGUUUGCUAUUCGUGAUGCAGAAACUGUAGAUAAAAUAAUAUGUGCAGAAAUUCCUGAUGAAAUAAAGAAUCUAGAACUUUAUAAAAUUGUGAAGCAGUUUCAAGUUCAUGGACCUUGUGGAAAGCAAAAUGUAUAUUCUCCUUGUAUGAAUCCUGAAACAAAAUUAUGCACGAAAAAUUAUCCUAAACCAUUUUCUCCAAAAACAAAUUGUGAAUCAAAACAUUAUCCGGAGUAUAGACGGAGAAAUGAUGGCAAAAAAAUUAUUUUUUAUAAUAGAGACGGGUCAAUUAAAUGCACUGCUGACAAUUCGAUGAUUGUAUCAUAUAAUCCGUAUUUAAGUAAAAAAUUUGCAUGUCAUAUUAACUUAGUAGCAUGUGGUAGUACAGGUGGUAUUAAAUAUUUAUUUAAAUAUUGUUAUAAGGGACAUGACUAUGCAAUAGUUGGUUAUAAAGAUGAUAAUCAAGUAAUGCAUUAUGAUGAAAUUCAAAAUUAUUUAAAUACACGGUAUGUGUGUCCACCAGAAGCAAUGCAUAGACUUUAUGAAUUUAAUAUGCACGAGCAAUCACAUGUAACAUAUAGACUAGCUGUACAUUUGUCUAAUCAACAAUCAAUAUGUUUUCAAGAAGGAAUGGAACAAACUGCAAUUGAGAAAUUUAAAAAUACAAUGUUGACAGCAUGGUUUCAGUUAAAUAGACAAGAUCCUGAGGCACGCAAAUAUUUGUACUCUGAAAUACCACAUAAGUAUGUUUUUGUUGAGUCAUCUAAAACUUGGAAAAAACGAGAACGAAUUACAAAACCUGUAAUUUGUCGAAUGUAUUUUGUAAGUCCAAAAGACAUUGAAAGAUAUUUUUUGAGAAUUUUACUGCUUUAUGUACGUGGUGCUAAAUCGUUUGAAGAUGUGAGAACAUAUGAAGGUAUUACAUAUAAUACUUAUACAGAAGCAGCACGUGCAAGAAAUUUGAUGGUAGACGAUAACGAGUGGGAUAAUUGUUUGACUGAAGCUGUGAGUAUGAAAUUUCCUAAAGAACUGUGUCGUUUAUUUGCAUAUAUAUGUGUGUUUGGUUUACUAGGCCAGUCGGUGAGUGCAAAAACUGCCCAAAAAUCCGAACAGCAAAGUCUAAACGGUUUCUGGUAG